CCUGUGGCAGAGAAAAGAGGUAGUGAGCUGGUCUUUCAGGAUGUGAGGGCCCACAGGAGCGGAGCUGGGCUCUCUCCGCCGCCUGCCUGCCGCCCUGCAAGCUCUGGCCUGCGGCGCUGCCCACAGUCCCCAUGGUGGGUACCCCCCGUGGCGGGGCCCAGUGAACAGCAGAGGCAUGCCAGGGAAGCCCAAGCACCUGGGCGUCCCCAACGGGCGCAUGGUUUUGGCUGUCUCCGAUGGAGAGCUGAGCAGCACGGUGGGACCCCAGGACCAGAGCGAGGGCCGAGGCAGCUCCCUCAGCAUCCACAGCCUCCCCAGUGGCCCCAGCAGCCCCUUCCCCACUGAGGAGCAGCCUGUGGCCAGCUGGGGCCUGUCCUUCGAGCGGCUGUUGCAGGACCCGCUGGGCCUGGCUUACUUCACGGAGUUCCUGAAGAAGGAGUUCAGUGCUGAGAACCUGACUUUCUGGAAGGCCUGCGAGCGCUUCCAGCAGAUCCCUUGAAGCGACACCCAGCAGCUGGCUCAGGAGGCCCGCAACAUCUACCAGGAGUUCCUGUCCAGCCAGGCGCUGAGCCCCGUGAACAUCGACCGGCAGGCCUGGGUGGGUGAGGAGAUGCUGGCUGAGCCGCGACCCGACAUGUUCCGGGCACAGCAGCUGCAGAUCUUCAACUUGAUGAAGUUCGACAGCUACGCGCGCUUCGUCAAGUCUCCGCUGUACCGCGAGUGCCUUCUGGCGGAGGCCCAGGGUCGCCCCCUACGGGAACCUGACUCCUUGCGCCUCGGCAGCCCCGACGCCACCAGGAAGAAGCCGAAGCUGAAGCCCGGGAUGUCGCUGCCGCCGGCCGAGGGCCCUGGGGGCCGCCCGCUCCGCAAGUCCUUCCGCAGGGAACUGUCGGGCACCGCAGCAAAUUCGGCCUUGCGACAAGAGUGCCAGGGCUCCCUCAGCUCCUCCGCCAGUCUGGACCUGGGCUUCCUCGCCUUCCUCAACAGCAAAUCUGAGAGCCACCGGAAGAGCCUUGGGAGCUCAGAAGGUGAGAGUGAAAGCCGGCAGGGGAAGUAUUGCUGCGUGUACCUGCCAGAUGGCACAGCCUCCUUGGUCCUGGCCCGACCUGGCCUCACCAUCCGGGCCAUGCUGGCAGGCAUCUGUGAGAAGCGAGGCCUCUCUCUACCUGACAUCAAGGUCUACCUGGUGGGCAACGAGCAGAAGGCCCUGGUCCUGGAUCAGGACUGCACCGUGCUGGCGGACCAGGAAGUGAGGCUGGAAAACAGGAUCACCUUCCAGGACCUGACCCCGCAGCCAGGCGAGAAGCAGCCGCUGGAUCUGGGGAAGCUAGUGAGCUCGGUGGCGGCCCAGAGGCUGGUGUUGGACACUCUCCCAGGUGUGAAGAUUUCCGAAACUGGCGACACACAUCCCCGCCGAAGCCAGCGCACCACACCUGGAACCCAGAACAAGGGCAUCCAUCUCCCUCCACUGCCGCUCAACUCCCUGGCCGAGGCUCCCAGUAGUGUCACUGGGAAGCGACAGACCUGUGACAUUGAAGGCCUGGUGGAGCUGCUGAACCGGGUACAAAGCAGCGGGGCCCACGACCAAAGGGGCCUUCUGCGCAAAGAGGACCUGGUGCUUCCAGAAUUUCUGCAGCUGCCUGCCCCAGGGCCCAACUCCCAGGAGGCCCCACCACAGACUGAAUCAUCAGCCCAGCCCAAGAGGGGCCCCUUGGACUCCACCGCCCACUCUGCCCUCUGACAGCCGUCCAACAGUCCAGGCUGGCCGCAUGGCACCUGGCGGGCCAAGCAUGCCAUGGUCCCGCCCUGCAUGCCCUGUCUGUGCUGUGAGUGUCCCUGGCCCCUUCCUGCCACGGGCAGGCCCGAAGGAAGAGCCAGGAGGGUUUGGAGAGGGGCUCUGAGUAGCCACACCCCACAGCUACCACCCCUUGGUCCCUCACAGGCUUGCCCUUCCAGCCCUUGCAGCCAGGCCACUGGGGGGAGGUGGGGCUCCCCUCCUUUCUUUCUCUACCCUGUGCAGGCAUGCCCAUCACAGAGGGGCGGUGUUGGCAGUGCCAGCCUCCCCACCCUGUGCCAAGCUUCAUCAGGGAGCAGGAGGAGGGGCAGGCCCCUCCUCAGGGAGCCAGUAUGAGUAAGGCCUGGGGGGGUAGGUGGGGAGCCCCUCCCUCUAGCCACCGGACUCUACUGGAUAUACAGAUUUUGCAUUUGGGUUGGGGCAGCUAGGUUUGUCCUGGAUGUAUAAUAUUGUUAUUAUAAUAAUUAUUAUUAUUCUGCCUUGA